AUGCAUGACUUCAAGAAACAAUUAGGGUAUUUUGGCACACAAUUGGCCAAACUAACACUUGAGAAAUCUACUCCGGCAUAUUGGUGGGAUUCAAUUAGAUUUGAGUGUCCAGAGCUCCAAAGAUUUACUAUCCGCAUACUCAGCUUGACUUGCAGUUCAUCAGGUUGUGAGCGAAAUUGGAGUGCUUUUGAGAUGGUCCAUACAAAAAGAAGAAACCGAUUGAAACAAAAAAUGAUGAAUGAUGUUGUAUUUGUCAUGGUUAAUUCAAGAUUGUCCAAAAAAAAGAAAGGGAGAAGACCAUUUGUGAUAGAGUUUGAUGACCUUGGAUCUAAUGAUGAUUGA